AUGGCCAGAGACCUUUCCUUGAUGGCCGGCGUUGGCCGCGAUCAAGUACUGUUUGCCAAAAGCCUGGCCUUUCCAUCUCGUUAUUGGGGAGCCAUGUGUGCGGGCUAUGUUGUUGCGGCCGGGGCUUUCACCGGGCUGGACGGCAUCAAACAUCCAUUUUCUAUUGUUAUAGAAAUCCUCACCGCCAUGGAGCUUAUUUGGUAUUUGGUUUGGUUUUUACCAUACCGGAACAGAUUACAACGCUGUACAACCGAGGACGGAUCCUUGCUGCAACCGCCGCCAUUGACGCGAGAGGAACGGUUUGCCUUUUUUUCGAAAUGCCUAUCCCUAGUACCGGAUAUGGAGACCUUUGUUAGGAAAUGGGUCGCAAACGCACAUUUAGAUGACAUCCGUCGUGAUAACGUCAAAGACUGGCUUCUUUGGGGUUUGUUCGAUCGUCAAGGUCAUCCCGGCGACGACAACGACGAGUUGGAACAAUAUAUUCGACUAGCCGAAGAUCAACUUGGUUGGGAGAUAAAAAAAGGCCGGGGUGAAUGUGAUGCAAUUAGGAUCAGUUACGACGAGGUCUUGAUGCACCACCGGACACUUUUUUACUAUUUUUUCAUCUUUAUCGUCGACACCUUUGGUGUGAUAGGAAUGUAUUUCCUUGGAUAUACAUUUUACCGCACAAAAAGGUCCAACUUUUUCCGCAUUUUCCCUUUCCGACCUUUGGGAUUAUUAGCUCGCCACGAAUCCGCAGCCCGCGACCACAUGAGCUAUUUUGUCCGACCGCACAAAUCUACAACGAAACGGCCAGUCCUAUUCAUUCACGGUGUUGGCGUCGGCGUGGCCCAAAACCUGUUGUAUUUGAACACCAUACCGAAAGACGUCGGGGUGAUUGCUGUAGAGCUUUUGCCAAUUUCAUGCCGUAUUUCGCCGCCUCUCUGCAGCGCUUCUGAAAUGGAAGCAUCCAUCGCCGCUAUUUUGGACCAACAGGGCUGGAACGAUGUGGUCCUCGUUUCGCAAAGCUACGGUACCUUUUUGACCACGCCGCUCCUUCUUUCACCUCGCGUGGCACCUAAAAUCAGUGCGUGUGUGCUCAUUGACCCAGUCGCGUUUCUGUUGCAUUUGCCCGAUGUUACAUACAACUUUACCCGCCGUCCACCUGCCCGUUUGGAGGGAGCUCAACACGAAAUGCGAAUGAUCGCACGAGAUCCCAACGUCUCCCAUUCGUUGCAUAGACGGCUUUCGUGGCGAGAGCAUAUUCUUUGGCGCGAGUUGCUAUUGCAUCCAUCGCAAGAGACGGCGCCUGCACAUGUUGCCGAACGCCGUACUACUGUCAUUUUGGGCGGAGUGGACUGCAUCACCAACCCUCGUGCGGUUGCGAGUUAUAUCGAGUUCGAUAGGGCCGACUGUACGACAGAGGAGCUUGACGCGAUUGCGGUAUCCGAAAAACGUUGGAACGGGUUUAAGCCCCUUGAGCUUAUUUAUUUGCCAGGCGAAAACCACGGCGCAGCGCUUAUGAAAUUGAGCCUUGUUCCAUUGAGCGCAAAGGUCGUCGACAGAUAUUGUAGGAAAGAUUACGCUGCAGGUAUGGGCGGUGGUACCUUUUAG